CUAGGAAAAAAGUUACCAUUAGACAUAUAAUAGAACCACCGGUUUACGCUAUUUUCUAUAUUGGUAUCCGUGAGAGCGUUCUCAAGCGCAUUAACGUAGUUAACACGAUACGAUUCAUAAGUUAAAUAGAAACAACUCAAUACCAUGCUGCAUAAACAUAGAUACCGUCAACAGAGUAAAUUUUGUGCCAACGAGACAGUUUAUACAUUUAUCCCAGCAAGUCGAUAUCUAUUCUUACAAAACAAAUAGAUAGUUUCUAUGUCGUACUUUUGUCUGUAGUAUUUUUUCACAUAUGCAAGCUUUCAUUAUAUUAAUCUACAUGUACGCGACCAAAUAUCAAAAUUGGUCAAGUUUGCUAAGGACUUGCAUGGUUUUUCGGGAUGAGAAAUCCAUUUUCCAACGGCAUUUACCAAGCUCACUCUACUAACAAAACCCUUUUACACUCUCUAUGCCACUCGCUUAUUGUAUAGCAUGUGAUUUCACUUUGACUUGCAGUGGCCAAAGAUAUGCGAAUAUAGAUACAAACACGAUCAUCGUGUUUACAUCGCAACAAAAAAAAUCGAUAGAAACGCUUCAUUUAUAGUGGAGAAUAUAGAUAGUGAACAUGUCGCAUUGUUUAUGCAUCUAUUUCGUUAAAAAACCUUGGAAUCCACUUAAUAGGUGACUCUCAUAACCGAUAACAAGAAAAACUCAAUAACAUUUCACCUAUUUAAUAUGUUGGAGCUGUAUGGUCAACUCUGUGCAAAUUAUAGUGGACCGGAAGACGUCACUAUUAUGAAGAUUAGCAUACAUGUUAUUUUGACAUAUUUGAUUACAAUUGUUACAAUGAUUGUUAGAGUUUUAGAGUAUAUCUGAGUGGCUAGCUUUUGUAAAGCUUGUGCAGAAAACUCAAUUGAAAUUGUAAUAUGGUUACGUUUUGUGUGUUAAUAAUAAAGAAAAUAGUGACAACGGUAGUAGACUUCAUGCACAUUCACAACUAUAUAUUAUUUGUUUUCUGUAGAUAGUGCAGAUACAGUUAACCCUGAUUGGUUCUACAGACUCCCUCUAUUUUUUAAACCUUCCCGCGAAGUGUGUUUGCCGCUUACGCUUACAUUCUGCUGGUAGGAAAGCGCAAGAUAUCAGCUGUGCAGAUGGCGCUACGAUCGUCAGCCAACGCCAGUUCGAAAAAUAAGAGGGUUUAAGAAAGCUAACAACUACACUGUGGCGACAGCAAGCAGCAACUUGAAACCACGACUUUGACUUCAACAAUUGAGAAAAGAUGAGAUAUAGUGACGGACAAAAAAAAAACAGUGAAGUCCGACAAGGACUUAGUCAAUUGUCAUCAGUCUUAAACGCAUUCUUGUGACUGUUGCCACAGUAGCUGGUAGCAUUCCUUCUCCUGUUGCCUGUAUGUGUCUGCUUAUCUGAUAUUGUGUCUCUAUUUUGCGUAUUGCUGCCACUGCUCCUCCUUGUCCUGCAGUUCGGGUUGUAGUUAGCGUAAGCUGUCUAUCUUUCUGUUCAUCUACUUAUGCGAUGGUGGAACGAAGGUGCUCGUGGCCAUCAUCAUCAUCACCUUGGUGUGGUAGAUAGUGCUGCCUUGCUGUGAGUGAUCAAGUAAGAUCAAUCGCGAAGAGCCUCUGUCUGUCUUCUUUUGAACGUGUCUGCGGGGGAUGUGACACCAGCCUGCUGGUGCUGGUAAUCUGGCCGCUGGAUGAAUGGAGUUCUUGAAACUGUAGAUGAAAACGCGAGGAGAGGGAAAGAGUGUUCGAGAGCGAAAGAAAGAAGGUCUUUAUGGCUAAUAGAAACGAUUGCCACACACAAUUCAGACAGGCAGGCAGUCAGUCAGGCAGGCGGCUAGACAGAAUCAGCUGCAGAUGAAAGCGGCAAUUAUGUGAAUGCACGCAGAGAGCCGCAUAGAAGACGGCGAAGAACAUGGCCGAUUGGUAACCAACUAGCAACCUGCAAUUUAGAGAAUCCUCACUAUUCCGAUUAAUUUGUGUAUGGCCAUAGCUGUACGCAACAAGCAAGCAGACCAGCUCGACUGGACAAUCGACGGUCAUUUAAGCUGAUUUCUAUUGUUGUUGACUGUCGUUCUUUGUGUCACCAUCCCAGUUCCACGUGUGCAGUGAUUUAAGUUGUGCUCCCCUCUUACCUUCCCCACUUGAUGCUGAUGAUGAUGAUGAUGAUGCUUGAAGGUGCUGCACCAGGUGGGACAGCAGGAAUUGGGCUUUGGUAUUUUUUCUUCCGAUCAAAUUAAACCAAAGUGUAUAGCGAAUGUGUCUAUUUUCUGGUCACCGUGUGUGUUACGACCUACACCCAGCUGUACCUGCUGCUAUUGCGAAAAGCCAACGAUGUUACUGCUAUAAAGGAUACAUCUUAUAGCUGCCGUCUACGGGUCCCAUACGUCGAAAACGAACGAGGGUCAACGCGACAGUACAUCUUUUCUAUAUGUAGCGUUGCUUGUGUUCUUCAUGCGAAGAAUAAGUUUAUCUUGGUUUAGGUUUUUUUACUCUUUUUAGGUUUAAUAACAAAUGCAACUUUUGGCUGUUUGUUUAACCUUGUAGCUUAAUAGAUUCGCCUAAGUUUUCCAAGUUAGCCAUUAACGUCCCAUUUCUGCGGUCGACGUUUCGAGUAUUUAGUCAUCGGAAAGAAGCGGCCAACAGAGGGGAAAAAACUUGUUGCCGGAGUUUUGAUCAACAGAAGCACAACGGUAUUGUGAUGAACGGUGGACAUCGAGCUUCUUUGUGUUAUCGAAUUUGGCUUCUUCAUGACUUUUGGUUGUCAAUAGCCGUCGCAGCAACGCCUGCAUCAUCACCACCAUUGUUUUCACAAUCAACGACGUCAGCAUCACCGUCCGUUUGUCACUUUUUUCUGACUAAUAUUUGUAAUAUCGUUGGGGUCAUUUUUGCCGGUCUGUUUUACUUUUAUUUGCAUUGCUAGUAGCACCGCUACGGCUGAUACCGUCUGUGUUGUACCGUAGCUUACCAGCAUUUCGGUUAUUAUGAUAAUCGUCAUCAUCGACCUUCAAAGUUUAAUUCAAGACAAAGAAAAACGAGGAAAAUAAAACACAACAGAAAAGUAUUUUUAUUCUCCGGAAAUAACAACAUCAACGGAAGGAGGCCAAACAAUGCGAAAAGCUAGGUUACUACGAACAAGUUCCAUUUUGAAAUUUCUACACUAACGACAAAGCAGGAAGUCAUUUUGUAAAAAGUUAAAAAUAUAUUUAAAUUGUGUUAACAACUACAGCCACAACCACGGGACGGCUAAUCUAAAUUGACGUUGUGUGAAACAGGCAAUAUUGAAAAAUUGACAGACUCGCUGGUUGGCAAAAAUAUAUUUCGCUCUUUCGUGAGCUCCUCUCUGUGUUUUUCUGUAACUACAGCUAGUCAAUCAGCAGUCAGUUUGGUCGUGAAGACGCAUCAAGAAUUUAGUGGGAAACGGGCAUCUACUUACUUCAAGGCUACACUGAACCAGUAAUAAGAGGAAAGGCGUACGGUUCUCUCCUCAGAAAAAAUGAAGCUGCGGUUUUGAUUAGUGUUUGACGUCUCCAGUGACGCUUCCUUUGCAGCCUAGACUAAGUGCGUUUCAAGUCUCCGAUUAUCCGAUGAUGCCCUCGACAUUACAACAAGGUGGACAUUUAACAGACAAAUAACAAAAUGUGCAAGAAAGGAAACGCGUUACUCUGUCAUAGUAAACACUUCGAUCACUGUGGCAUCCCUAAGGACAACUGAUAUGACCUAGUUACACGAUGAUUAACUAUUGAGACAGCAACGACCCGUAGCGAGAACAAUGCAAAUCACUGAGGUAAGAUCCGCGCCGCAUUUCGACGUUUACUUUUACCUAACAAAUCAAAUAUACUAAAGCGAGCAUUAGAAGCAGGUUCGCCAACGGACGCACAUGAACUACGAGCUAGACUCGUCGCCAUCAGUUGAAGUGGGUUUUACGAACAUUGGCGAAACAGGACACGGUGUCGCAUCACCUGUUCAGUCCUGUAUUCGACACCAAAGCGAGUUCGGGACAGAAAUCUAAAACUAUAUAACUAUGCUACUUAUAAAGACCAUUUAGAAGCUCAAAUGAAGGGCUUCUUAGCUCCUUGUUAGGGCUUCAAUGUCUUAGAGUCCGCUUAAGUAAGGAGUUAAGGUUAAUAGACAAAAAAGCGGUUUGACAUGGCGCCUACUCAUGCACCGUUAUCUCUAACGGGUACCUUGGAGACUUCUCAGGAAUCGUCCCCAAAAUGGGACUAUAUUCAGCAGACGAAGCGCCAUCUUAAAGACAGACUGCAACGAAGAACAGGCAACGCAGCUCCAGCGGUUACCGAGUCCACGAUACAGUAUCAAGGCUUGGACAGUCUCAAUAGUGGAUCGUCAGGUUCACCUUGCGGUUCGCCUUCAUCGACCAUUUCUCCCCUGCAUGCUGCUUCCUCGAAUUCAGCCGGCAGAUGUAUCGAGCUUCAUGGUGGGGGGGGUCCUGGGGGUGCCGGAGGCCCGGCAGCAGCACACAACCCGAACACGUUUACCUAUUCGACGGCAGAUCUGACUGACGUUAUUGUGCUUGGCUCUCGUUGGUCUUCACAUCGUUUUUGGUGUUUUGGCCUAAGCCUCGACGAAGUGAUAGCUGAAGACGGCAAAAAGUGGGUCUACAUAAAGCGUAUUGUUCCACGUUCCGCAGCUGAUCGGUCAUUGUGCGUGCAAUUGGACGUCAUCUGCUCGGUCAAUGAUCAGGGUGUGAAGCACAAAAGCCGCGAUAGAGUACGCGAACUCAUCUCGCAGUCCGGCGAAAAUCUGCUCCUAAAGGUUGUGACAGCGAAUCCCGUCCGGCUAGCCAACACGCGUAAGGAUAUUCUGCAGGUGAUCGAGCGAUACGGCACGGUAACCCUCGAAGCGUACGGAAAUCCAUCGUAUUGCGGAUUGCAUGUUGAUGUUGGCUUCAAGUUCAUUUCGACAGUAAGUUACAGUGCCGAACUGAAAAAGUUUGUCACUGUAUACGUUAUCAGCGAGGUUGAUGGUCGCCGAUAUAUGGAUCUAUCACAGAAGCAGUGUCUUUUCAUGGGAGAUGUCUUAGUAUGUGUUAACAGAACUAGUAUUAUAGACGUUUCCCGAGGCACGGUAAACAAACUCAUUCGGGAAUACGACAGGUUUACGAUAAAAGUAGCAGCAAUGUCGGUUUUACGACGGGAGGUGAUCAAGGAAGACGUACGUGUUAAACGACGCCAGCUUGAGGUCGGGGAUCUCGAUGACUCAGUCGUACGGCCGUCAGGUGGUUUACCACCGAUCACGACGGCCACAAACCUGUCACCAACGGCAACCUCUCGACACACGCCGGAUCCCCGUCAUCUUCAACAUCAGACUCCCGCGACAAGUGAGGGCUCUGCUACAACAGCGUUAACGGUGUCUUCACCUGACGGCUGUGAUUCGCUUCAAGCCUCAUCGCAGCUUCACAACAGGAUCAACAGCAGCAACACGAUCAGUGAGAGUCAUAACCGGAGUCAUACGCUUCCCGCUGUUGCUGCCAUCACGAAUGGCGGCAGCAGCAGAAGUUAACAGGGUUGAUUCAAACUCAACUUAGCAGUAACUAUAUCGAUCAAAGUAAGCAGCUCGAAACGUUUCGAGCAAAUGAAGAAGGUCAGCGAUGCUGUCGUGAGCGAAAACACAAACAGAAUCAGUGAAAUAUGGUAGUCUGGACUGAUCCACACGAAGUUCGCUCAUAAAUUGCAAUGAAAGGUAUUGCGAACUCCUGUCAAAACGAUUAUUUCAUAUUUUGUAAUGACGCCGUUGUCACUGAGAUGGAUCCGUAUUUUGAAUUUACAACGUCAGUUACGCCUGUGUGCUGGCUCAAGUUGUUGCUCCGCUUGUUGAAACGUCAAAAUAAGAUUGGAUCCAAUCAAUGUAGGCAUAUAUAAGCAUGUAGGCAUAUUGUGGGAGCUAGCUGAAAUGACUAUGAUUACAAAUAUUGGUCCAAUGAAGUUCUACCAGAUUAUAUUACAACUACCGUAAACUGAUAGCGUUUUAUUUUUAUAAAAAAGGCCGAGAGAUUUUUUAUAUAUGACCUAAUUCAUAACCAGAUAAGAUAAGAUUGACCAGCCAGCGUAUGGCACCGCGGUAAUUUCUGUCGACGACUGUUAAACAAUCAAUAAUGUAUAAAUUUCGACAGUCAAGGUAAGCAUAACAUCAUACAAAACGGCAAUGCUAUCAUAGUGAGGUGCUAGCAAUGAUACAGAUAUACAUAAAUGCCUUGAUUGAACAAACUUCCAGAGUAGAUAUUGUUGUGAAUAAUAUGCUUGAGCGUCGGUUCUGCGGUGUGCUUCAUGGGUGUUUUGUAACUGGUCACACUUUCCCACUAUAGACACGCAGAUGCAGUCCGAUACAAAAUUUGAAGUUCCGUACCUCAGUAUACCCUUUGGCGUUUGAGCUUUUGGUUAACUAGCCGGAAAAAUGAAAGGUACACUAGCAUUUGUACCCUGUCUGCACUAAUAAAUAGGAAAUAAAAAAAACAUUGCCAACUGAAUCAGUGUACAGAAUUUUUAAUGAAGAAUAGCUUUGCCUGGGAUUAUCCUGUCUCACUGGAACACUUCUGGUCUAGUUAAGGAUGAAAAAUCGCUUGUAAUCACAGCUUGGUACCUAUACUGUUAUUACUUCUUACAUAUAUCAUAACAGUAUAGAUACCUCCAUGGUGCAGGACUGAGAAUAAGAGAUUAACGCAAAAUAACACCACUGAACCAAAUGCUCGAAUUAAACAACGAAUAUGAUACAUUGAACGACCAAUUAUUACUGAGUGUCACUAUCGGAUUGUUCGUUUGUGCAGGGGCGCCUGUUGUCAAAGUAAUCUGCCUCAUCGAUCGAUCGAUGAAUCGACCUUAUUUUUUUCCAUGUUUUUUUUUUGUUCAUCUCUUUACUCAGUCCAUCAUUUACUGAAACUGACUCAUUAAAAUAAUGAUGAUAAACAGCUGUCAGUUUAACGUAUCGUCAGCUUAUGGUACAAUCGUAAUGGUGUUUUUAGCUCCAACGGUGAAAAUUGGUAGAGUGUACUCACGAGAGCCGGUAACGACACGGAAACGAUGUCGAGAAUAGUUUCCGCAAUGGUUUUUUUCGAUUUUAAUGUUCACCGGAACAAAUGGAAAUCCGUACAGCUAUAUAUAUAUAUAUAUAAACGCACGCACUUACACACGUUUCUACAUGUGUGUGUCUGAAUCUGUGCUGCGCAGCCUGGAUAGGCAGCAAUGAUUAACUUAUAUCUGAGAUAAGACUAAAUGGAAAUCGUGUAUAUUGAUAUGGCUCUCGAUGCUCGAAUGAAAGGCAGAACCCGGUUAUUCUCAAGGAAGUCGAUAACUCCCUUGAAUAACGCCGUUAUUGUGGUUAAUUUUCAUCGACUUCCUACACUUGUCUGUAUAAAAUAUUAUAUUCAUAUACGCAUAUAAAUGUACAACUAAAAAACCUCAAAAUUAAGGCCGCAAAGCCGAACUCGCGUAGAGAAGGUGACACGGCGUUUUUGUAGGUUUUGCCUUAACUGUGCGACAUAAAGGUUUGGUGAAAAGUUGUGUAAGUUGCAAAUAAUUACAGAUUUAUAACGAUAUUUAUUUUGAUACUAAAUGUAUUAAAAUGGAUGAUACUAGUUGACGGUUAAGCAGCGACUGACUGGCAUUGUAUGUUGAAAUGUGCGAUAGAAGUACAGUCGCAUUGGAUAAUGUAUAAACCUUAACUGAAAUAAAAAACUUUGAAAUAUAUACAAGAUA